UAGACGGAAUUCUGUUGUCCCUAGGUGGAAUUGUGGGUUUUUUACUGGUGUAUGUUAUCGACAGUGCUAGUCAACGACAAUGAGUGUGGUUGGGUUUGAUAUCGGUAAUGACAACUGUGUUAUUACUGUUGUAAAACAACAGGGCAUUGACGUGUUGUUGAAUGAUGAAUCAAAUCGUGAAACCCCCACUGUGGUGUGUUUUGGGGAGAAACAGAGGUUCUUUAGAUCUUCAGGUGCCUCUUCUGCUAUGAUGAACCCAAGAUCUACUGUAACACAAGUGAAGAGAUUGAUUGGAAGGAGAUUAAAGGAUCCUGAAGUUCAAACGAACCUAAAAACAUUACCAUUUGAGACGUCAGAAGCAAAGGAUGGUGGCAUUUUGGUUAAUUUGAAAUACUUGGGUGAAACGCACUCAUUUGCACCAGUUCAAAUCUUGGCAAUGUUAUUUUCACAUUUGAAAGAUGUGGCGGAGAAGAACUUGGAAAUGCCAGUCGUAGACUAUGUGAUAGGAAUACCAUCAUACUUCACAGAUUUGCAGAGACGAGCAUAUUUGGAUGCUGCUAAAAUUGCAGGUUUGAAGCCUUUGAGACUGAUGCAUGACUGUGCUGCAACUGCACUUAGUUAUGGUAUAUAUAAAACCGAUUUUUCCAGUACCGGGCCGACAUAUGUGGCAUUUAUUGACAUUGGUCACUGUGAUACUCAGGUUCAAGAGUCGAAUCCUUUCUCCGUAGGGUUCUCAUCAGAUGAAGGCCCAAUUUGCACACCCUCAUCUAAUGGCAUAUUGUUUCCUAGAGGCCUAUCCAUUCCAAGUACCAAAGUCUUGACAUUUCAAAGAAGUAGUCAGUUUCACUUGGACGCUUUCUAUGCCGAUCCAAAUGAACUUCCAGCUGGUGUGUCUUCCAGGAUAUGUACUUUUACGAUUGGUCCUUUACAAGGCUCCAGUAAUGAUAAGGCAAGGGUUAAGGUUAAAGUCCAGCUAAACCUCCAUGGUAUCAUCGCUAUAGAGUCAGCUACGGUUGUUAGUGGUCAUGGUGAUGACUUCAGUAUGCAUUCUCCAUCUUCCGAAUCUUCAGCAGAUGGUUCGAGAGAUAGAGGCAACCGUAGGAUCAAUAUACCGGUGAGUGAAACUGUUUAUGGUGGAAUGACAAUGGCUCAGCUUUCAGAAGCCCAUGAGAGGGAACUUGAACUCACCCAACAGGACAGAAUUGUGGAACAAGCCAAGGAAAAGAAGAAUGCAUUGGAGUCGUAUGUCUAUGAGAUGCAUAAUAAGCUUUUUAACACAUUACGGAGCUUUGCUAGCGAUGAGGAAAGGGAGGGAAUUUCAAGGAGCCUACAAGAGACGGAGGAAUGGCUUUAUGGAGAUGGAGAUGAUGAAACUGAGAAUGCUUAUACCACAAAGAUGCAGGAUUUGAAGCAGAUGAUGAAUGAGUGCCAUAAAGCAUAA